UGCUCCCGCAGUUUCUUUUUGCUACCUGUUAGCUGGGUAGUUCUGUAUGGUGACCGCCGUGGUCCCCAACAACCCAGAUGGCAUCUGAGGCACGCUAUAAAGUGGGGGAUGGGGAGAAGACCACACUGAAGAAGGAAAACCUCAAUGUUAUAAAUGCGCUUGACCAACUACCAAAGCCCUUUCCAAACCCCAAGUUUAUGAACCGGACCGUCGCUACCAAAGGCCACCCGCUUUCCUCAACAGGCUGUUUGGCUAACUUGUUGGAGGCUGAUUCCAUCAAUCUGUUUUCAACUAUGGCCAGGGACCUGAGCAGCUUCCCUGAGAGCAGCCCCAUCCAGAUCACUGUGAAGCGCAAGGAACCCCAGCGGAGGAUGGUGUGCAUGGGGCCGGAGGACAUGCGGAAGGUGGAGGACCUGGAAUACCUAUCUCCCUACUAGCUGAGGGCCCAGGGCACCCCUGGUUGGCUGGCCAUCAGCCUUGGCCCAGGGCCCUCAGGAAUUAAACUCGCCAGAGAAAUCACGGACUGACUACCCUGCCAGCGCAGGGCCUGGCGGUACUGGUACGAGGCCAUCCCUGGGCCAGGGCCAAAUUCACCCAGAAACA